AUGUCCGCUGAGUCAUUCCAGUACCUUUUAAAUGUAGUUGGUGCAAAAAUUGAAAAGAAGAGCGUAAACUUCAGUAAGCCAAUUUCAGCAUCAGAACGUUUGUGUUUGACAAUUCCAAAAAAAGAUCCAUUAAGGGGGAUAUACAUCAAAGCUCCAGGAACACCUGACUGGAGAGAAAUAUCUCAAGAAUUUGAAUCAUUGUGUAAUUUGCCACAUUGCAUAGGUGCAAUCGAUGGUAAGCACAUCAGAAUCAAAUCACCUUUAAACAGAGGAUCAUUAUAUUAUAACUACAAAGGUUAUUUUAACAUCAUCCUCAUGGCUAUGUGCAAUGCGCAUUAUACUUUUACCUUGGUUGAUAUUGAAAGCUACGAAUCCAAUAACGACAGUGGUGUUUUUUGUAAUUCAGAAAUAGGAAGGUGUUUUUUUGAAGGACAUAUGCAGUUAGCAGCAAGUGAACCGUUGAAAAUGAUCCAGCACAUGUUAACAUCCCUUAUUUUAUUGUGGGCGAUGAAGCAUUUCCAAUACAAUCUUGGUUAA